UGCCGCAGUAAACAAGCAGCCCAGGAGACAGCCGAGCCACAGUGGCGCCUAAUGCCAAUGUUUUUGCUCGUUGUGAAGUCAAGUUUGCAUAUUACUGGCCCGUUUGCACUAAACGCAGAGCGAUUAAGGCGCACAAACCAUUCACACACGGAGGACUUGUUCUGUUUGUCCGGCUAGCGUGCUAACAUUAACGUUAGCAGAGAAGAGCACUGGCCGACUCCUAACAAACCUGGACGCGAUGUCGUUGGUGGACCUCGGAAAGCGUCUGUUGGAGGCGGCUCGGAAAGGUCAGGACGAUGAGGUCAGAAAUCUGAUGGCCAACGGAGCGCCGUUCACCACCGACUGGUUGGGGACAUCCCCCCUUCACCUGGCCGCUCAGCACGGUCAUUACUCCACAGCUGAUGUCCUGCUGAGAGCUGGCGUCAGCAGAGACGCCCGUACCAAAGUGGAUCGAACACCUCUGCACAUGGCCGCCGCCGAGGGCCACACCAUCAUCGUGGAGCUGCUGGUCCGGAGCGGCGCUGACAUCAACGCCAAAGACAUGCUGAAGAUGACGGCUCUUCACUGGGCAGCGCAACAUGGUCAUCACGGCGUAGCCGAGACACUCAUCAAACACGGAGCUGAUGUGCAUGCGCUCAGUAAGUUCGACAAGACGCCAUUCGACAUUGCCGUGGACAUCCAGAACACGGAGCUGAUGCUGCUGCUGCAGGAGGGCAUGCAGAACCAGGUCAAUAUGAACCAGGUGAACAUGAACCAGGUGAGUAUGAAUGUGGAAACCAGUACCACCACCAACCAGCCGCAGUUCAUCAUCCAGGGAAUACCUGCCAUACAGGGGGGCGUGGUCAACCUGGCUGAGCUGCUCAACAAGGCUAACGCAGGAGACUCAGAAGAAGCAAUGGCCGCCAGUGCUCUAGACUCCAACAUCCAGCACGCCGCUGUUGUCAACGAGGGGGGUCAGAGGGUCAUCACUAUAGUAACAGACCAGCAUGGCAACCUACAGACGACAGGAGGGAUGGCCCCGCCAUUCUUCGUCACCAUGCAGCACGGACAACAGAUGCUGGCAGUCCCAGCCAACACAGUGACAGAGGAGGUGGUGACAGAAGAGCCUCAGCCUCCACCCUCCAGAAAGAGGAAGCUGGAAGUGACCAACAAUCACAGUGACGCAGGAGAGACGGAGUUGUUGCAGAGGCAGCUGCAGGAGGCCAACAGGAAGGCGCAGGAGUACCGGCAGCAGUUGCUGCGUAAGGAGCAGGAAGCAGAGGAGUACCGCAUCAAACUGGAGGCCAUGUCCCAGAAUCAGACCAACAGCACCAACGCCAACACCACCACCAGCGCCGCUGCCACUGCUGCCAGCCCCGAGGAGGUGGUGGGAGGGGAGGAGGAUGACGAGGAGGCAGGAGCCAGCAUGGUGGAGGAGGAGGGAGAGAUGGUGGUGCUGCAGGAGGGAGGGAUCAUCAUGGAAGGGGAGGAGGGUCAGGUGACGCUGGUGGAGACAGGAGGAGAGACGACGGAGGUCAGCUCUUAACAGAAAGAAGGGGUGGGGGGGGGUGACACACCAACGAAAAGACAGCUCAUAAUAGGAGAUGGUUGGUUUGAAGCAUCAGUUUGCAUCCCAUCUAACAGGUGACUAGAGUUUGUUGGAGGGAAGGAGAUUCACAGGAGGAUGGUGCAUCAUUUUGAGUCCCCAAAUAACAAAGACAAUUAAAAACAGACUAAACAUGAGGAAUUUAGUCAUGCACCAUUUUGAAUCCCUGAAUGAUUCAAUACCAACACCUCAGAGGAGAAAACAAAAUGGCUUCCCCAAGAAGACAACACAGUAGGAGGAAGGCAGACUGAUAGAGGCCUGAACCUGAGUUUAGUCAUGCACCAUUUUGGAUCCCCAACAGAUUUGAUGAUAACAUGUUAGAGAAGAGGAACAAAGUGACUUCUACAGAAAGACACCACAAGCAAGACACACUGAAAACAGACUAAGAAAACAUGAUGGAGUUGUUUAGUUGUGCACUGUUUUGAAUCCCCAAUAGAUUUGAUUCCAACAUGUCGACGAGGUAAACAAAAUGCUUUUACUUUUUUAUUAAUGAUCCCGAACCAGAUCAAAAUAUGACACUGGGUCUGAACAGAUGGCCUCCAUAAAUGCAGCCACUGCUUUAAAGUAUCAUUUUGCUUCCCCAUUUGACUCAAAGUUUGUCCUUAGAAAUGAUAAUCACUAAACCUUACUGAUACAGGUUUGAAUUUAGGUUUGUCUGUCAGGUUAAUGUUGAACACAGAUGGUUAUCCCCAGCAUACUCAUUGAUAUCCCUUCAUUUCCAUUCUUCCAAAUCCCUGAAUCAACACAAGUGUGAUGCCUUCCUCACUUUAAGUCUUGAUAAAUUGGGACCAUGUUACCCGCUUUGAAGCACGGUUACUUAGACCUUGCCCUAGCGUGCACCAUUUUGCUUCCCCAAAAGCAUACAUACAAAGUAAGGCCACCACUGUCAAAGCAAAGCAAAGGCACCACAGUAACUUUUCUGAUGUGACUUUGUCCUGUUAAACGGUGGAAUGAUCUAAACGGAUUUCUUUGAAAAUCACUCUGGGCAGCAGACCAGCAAUUCCCACUUGCUUCCUGAAAAUUCAUUCAGAUCUGAUCACAGAAGCCAAAUGACCUCUGUGAAGCAGCUGGAACAAAGGGAAUUGUUUUGAGACAAAAUGUUCACGACUCAUUUCAACUUGCUCAGCAUUUCAUAUAUCCCAGUAUCCCAACAGGAACGGAACCAGGUCCAGAGUAAAAACCCUUAAUUAGCUUAGAAGUUCUGUCAAUUCUUGUUUUGUCAGGUGGUUGGCAGCUUGUUGGUUCUGACAGGACUGCAGCUUGUGGUUCAUCGUCACGUUGUGUGCUCGUUACUUCAUAGAUUUUUAGUGCAGUCGUUAAAAAGGAAGAAAACGGUGAAGGACUAGAAUCACUGUUUGUAUGAGUCAACAAAUGUUGUUCAGAUUACUUCACGAUUCAGAUCCUGGGACCACGGAAUGUUUUAUUAAAAAAUGUCAUAAACAGCUGAUUGAUCGCAUAAAAAUGUUUUCCAUUUACCACAUCUUUAAACAAAACUAUCAGCUGCCACAGUUUCUACAUUGACAUGAAGGUAUCUGUCGAUGUUGGCAGUGAUUUUGCGUGUUCUCUGCCUCUUCAUCACACUCUGUGUACAGUUUGUUUCACAGUCCUGUUGUAUAUUUUGUGUGUACCGUGUCACUUCUAACUUCCUGUUUGAUUUGCUGCACAGAAGACCACUUCAGCUUAUGAAUCUCCUGGGUGCAACCAAGCCAGAUUUAAGUUCAACACUUUGCUUUCCAUCAUAAUGUAACUUGAAGAAAGGUUUGGCUGUGAUUGUUGAUCUCUGCAGCAGGUUGAUUUCCAUCUACAGAAAGUGACAUCAGUGGAUGUCUUCUGGGUCUUUGGUGCUUAGAAACAGGACUGUCUCAGGGCAGGUUUGGUCAGGGCUUCCUGUUCUGGUUCAGCCCUGUUGUAACCCUGUCACCUGACUCAGCUGUAACCUCAGCCACCAUCACCUUCCUCUGAUCAGUGACUGAGUGUGAUGAUUAUUUUUAUAAGCUCAGCAAAGCCAACCUUUUCUAUGUACAUAUAAAGUUGUAUUUUUUUAACCGUACCUGAAUGCUUCACCAUGAUGAUGAUGAUGAUGAUGAUGGCUGCCUGCAUUGGUAAUCUGAAAUAUAAACUUGUUUCUUUUCUCAAUAAGA